GCCAUUCACCAUGCAAGCGGCUUUGAUUCAUGCGUGCAAGUACGGAAACGUCAACGACCUGCGGCGUUGCAUCGAAGUUGAAGGUGCCAAUGUAGAUGGCGAAGGAGACGACUGGAGUCCCUUGAUGUGGUGUGCUUACUAUGGCCACGUCGACGCUGCGAAGGCAUUGAUCGAACACGAUGCAAGGGUCGAUGUGGUAUUUGACGGCAAGGAUGCGAUGGACUGCGCGCGGGACAACAACCAAAUGGCAUUUGUCACGUUCUUGUCGUCAUUGCCCUCGAAGAAGCCACUUGUAGUGCGCCAUAAAGACACGAUGCCGACGAUCAGCUCCGACGUGUUGCUGCAUGCGUGCAAGACAGGCAACGUCGACGACGCGCGAGUGUGCUUGGAAGAGGGCAUCGACGUGCGUGGCAAGGGCGACGAUUGGAGUCCAUUGAUGUGGGCCGCGUACUACGGCCACAUCGACGUGGCGGCCACGCUGCUGGACCAUGGUGCGGACAUCGGCUACGUUUUCGUCCACGACGGCAUGACGGCGACCGAGUGCGCGAAGGCCAACAACCAAAUGGAAUUCGUGUCGUUCUUGAAGAAACAAGCCAAGGCGGGCCGCCACGUCCGAUUUACGUCGUCUACCGUGGACAGACCGUCACAGCCGCUGCUGCCAUCUUCAUGUGGUCCAGCGGGUUGCUGCAUCAUUAUUUAGACGUGGAUUACGUAAGUAGGAAUUUGCAAUGUACAAACGUUAGUAGUAUACGAC